AUGCGGCAUCUUGGCUUUGCUGGCGAUAAGAAACGGUCGAUGAGCAUAGUGGGCUUGUUUCUUUUUUUAUUGGCUUGCGUGUCAGUAGUUGCAACACAUGCAAAUGGAAGUGUCCUCAGGAGCACGGGAUCUGAGGGAAAGGUGUGGUUAGAUGCACCAACUAGUCGGCGAGUCCCAUUUAGGAAUCCGAGAGUCAUUUUUGUUGUUGUUCAGACCCGACCCUCUCCAGGUUGGUGCAGAAUGUUAAUGACUGCUGUUGUUACAAAUGUGUCGGUAAUUUCUAUUGGUAUGGGUGGGAAUUACAGCCACACCAUCCGGGCAAACUGGUUAUUGAAUUUCUUGGAUGAUGAGGUCCUCCAUGAUGAUGAUGUGUUAGUUAUGUUUGAUGGUGCGGAUACACUUUUCACUGAUGGAAUCCAUCGGAAACGGAAGCUUGACCACUUUAUAAAAAUGUCUCCCCCACUGCCUACAUUCUUUAACCAAACGGCUAUAUACAGAGGUGAUGCUUGGCCGCCCAUGCUUCACACAGCAGAACCGGAUUGUUAUGCUCCCCAGCUGAACAUCACAUACAACCCGAAAAAUGAGUCGCAUUGGGAUCGCUGUGCGAGAUUUUAUGCCAUGGGUCUGUCGGAAGCCAAAUCAAUUGGUGUUGAGCGGCUGCUGGGGUUGCCACCUCCCGUGCGUGGACACCUCAACAGUGGAGGAAUUGUGGGCCGGGUAUGGGCAUAUAAAGAGGCAUUUAGCGUUUUUUUGCAACUCAGGGAAGCUUCCACUGAAUGGUGGUGUGAUCAGUCUAUUUGGGCUGCCUUAUUUAUUUGGAGCGUUGGUAGUGCAACGGGUGUGGAUUCCAAAUACAUAAUACGGCGUGGAAUCAUUAGUCUUGACUAUGACAAGAGAUACUUUUACUACCCAACAGAUGAAUACGAUACAAGUUCGGUACUUUUACAUUUUACAGGGGCCCCCGACCGAUGGACGUAUUACUUUCCAGAAUACUUUGUCCGCCUUCCGUGGUAUAGGAACCUUAUGGGAAACAGUACCUACAGACAUAAUGUCGUGGCGGCGUUACGAAAUACUUCCAUCAUAACCUACAACUACACUCGGGAGAGGAUUGUAAGGAAAUAUGAAGAUAUUUGUGAUGUGGAACAGAUGACUGACCCCGAAUUUUUGGUGUACCCACUGAAUAAGUAA